AUGUCUUCACUGCCGAAUCAAACGAAAACUGCUUUUUUAGAAGCACUGGCUCAGUUACCACAGAGGAUUUUGUUGAAAUACGAAAAUGAAAUGGAUGACAAACCGAAAAAUGUAAUGAUUAGAAAAAUGGUUCCCUCAACGAGAUAUAAUCAGUAGGUACCACUGUAGAAAAUUAACAACUCAUUAUCAUUAAUUAUAUAUAACAGCCGAAUUUUGUUUCAAAUUAUAUUUAUAAAAUAGACGUCUUGGAUUUUUUAAAAACAAUUUUCACUUUUAGUUAUAAAGUAUAAAACUAAAAUAGAAGAAUCUUAACGCAAGGCUUUCUAGUUAUUAUUACAAGAAAAAUAAACUUUACAAUUUUGAACAAAACAAAAUGUAUUGACAGAUCUUUGUGUUACAACCUAUACAUUAUAUACACGUUUUUAAUAGGUAUUUAUUAUAAUUUCAAGCCUGGCCCAGGGGCGAGUUUAAGGAGGGCCCCUUACGCCUAGAUUUUAUUUUAAUAUCGUCAAUAAUUAGAAUCUGAACAUUUUUCAUUUUUUUUGUUAUCCAAUAUUAUUGCACUAAAAAAAAUAAAAUAUACUUAUUAUUUCUUUUUUUUAUUAUUCGUCUGCACGAUGCAUCCGUCGCCAUCGCGUUAAUUCAUAUAAUACACAAUAUGUUUACUUAUUCGCGAUGCUUACGAAAUUGUAAACUGUAGUGAUUUAUUAAGUAUUUUAUAUUUAUAAUAAUAAUAGACAAAAUUCUUAAAUGCAUUUACUUACUAUUAGUACACGAAAUAAAGUAUUUUUUUAAUGUAAUUAAUUUAAAAUUGAGUGCAAAAUAUAUUUAUCCCUACGUUUCUCCCUAGCAAUUUUUCGGAAGACGGCAAUUUUCGAAUGAAUCCUUAAACUAAAAAAAAAAGAGAAAAAAAAGAGUAUUAAUAAGUGAUAAUAUAAACUAUUUCUUGUAUAUUUCGAUUGAAUAAUAACGAUGAUUUUAAAUUAUUUAUGGAUCUUAAUAAUAUUAAUAUCCCUUCGAAAGAAUAUACAAUUUGUAUAAUAAAGUAAUAUUAAAGGUAAUAUUAUUUCUAAUAAGGACAUAUUAUUAGUUAAGCAACACAAAUUAUUUAAAGUACACAUUUAGAAUGAUUGAUAAUUGCAGUUGAAGUAUUUGGAUGAAGCUCAGUAGUUUGUGAAUUAACAUUUUUUUGUUAAUUCGAAAUGAAAAUCCACAAAAGCAGUCGAUGAAAUAUCACAAAUUAAAAUUAUUGUAGGUCAUUAAUUUGUAAAAAUAAAAUUCAAAAAGGUCAUUAUAUUUUUAUUUUCUAAUACCCCGAUGGAAGCGGGGAAGUUACUAAUACUGGGUUUGCCACCUCUAAACAAAUGAUCUAGCUACGGUGAUACAUUUUUUAGCUUGAAUAAGAUCUUUAAAAUUAUGAAUAUUUUUGAAUUUUUGAGAUCAUGGUGAAGAUUGAAUUAUUUUACUACACAAAUAGAAAUAAGAUAACAGGUAAAACCAGAAUAAAUAUUUUUUAUUAAUAGAUUUAAUAACAACGAUUUAAAGAUUUCUUGUUUGAAUUGAUUCAUUUAUUAUUUUGAUUAUGCAAAUUCGUGUGUUAGACCCAAAUUACGAUUUUGGAAAUAAUAAGCCAAAUUGACCACAGUAACUUUAUUUACCGACUAUAAUAUACAACUAGUUUAUUAACUAUCUGUUUCAUACAUAAUUACAAUAUACGGUUAAGGCCAGAUUCAGAUAUUUUGCGCCACGGGGUAUGAAUUCAAAACCUUUUUGUUUACUCCAUCAAGUGCAUCAGAAAGUUCUGUGUUAAAAAUAUAUAAGAUAAACAAAAUUCUAAAAUCAUGAAAGACGUGGUAUUGAGGUAAUAAUUAGAACGUUGUACGUAUAUGUAAAAACGCAACAUCGCAAAAAACUAUUAUACCAUAAAAACUACUGGUUUUCAAAAUGUUAUUUUUGCCCCAUCGUGUUUACCUCGUUGAAAUACAUUAGAUUAGUAGACAAAAAAUUUAAAGAUUAUUAAUUGAAAGCAAAUAACAUGGCUAAAACAUCAUUAUUUGCCGUGUGCUGCAACAGUGUUGUGCAAAUACACUCGUGUGGAGUGACGUCAUUACGGUAUGGGGGUAAAUAUGUUAAAUUUGAAAAUACAACGCUCCGCCCAUAUAUUUCAUCAUUCUAAUUUACUUAAUAUAUCACGAAAAAUGAUUUUUUUUUUUGAAACUUUUUGUGUAACAUAUAUUCGUAAUAAUGAAUGCAAAAACAUAAAAUUUCGAUAGACAUUUAAAUUAUAGUAUACAUGCUAAUUAAACUUCAGUCAUACUAACGUACAGAUUGGUUAUUAGUGAAGCGAUAAGAAGUCUGAAAGCAAUGAAACAAUAAACCUAUAAAAUCAUUAAAUAUUAAUUAUACUAUGUGAACAAAUAGAUAGUUCAUUAAUGAAAAUAAAGUGCAGGUAACUAAAUAAAAUUUUGAAUUUCAACUCGCCCUCCUUCUGAUGAGUAUAAAAACCACACCUGACCUAGCCUUAAAAAGACAUUUGUGGGAUUUACGGUGAAUACGCGUCUUCAAAUAUUAUUGGGAAAAAUGUAGGUAUAGAGUUCGUAAAAUUCAGCCUUGACCGUUAGAGUUCGGAAUCACGUGCAUUAUAAUACUGUUUGAAAGGCCAAAUUUUUACGAUAAUCGUUUUAAAAAAGUGUGUAACGGAACGCCGCUCAGAAUCGUUUUUCGUUAAAAGCGGUUUGUCGUUGCUAAAACAUAUAUAAAUCAAAUAACUGUAUAGGUCCUAUCAACUCAAAUUCCUACUUAUAACGGUAGCACACCAGUCCCCAAAUAACUUUUUUUCUUUAUCAAUUAUACUGACAAGUCGUUGCUGAUAUCCGUUUAUUCUUAACCGAUUGCAGUAUUGUCGAGCACGUCUGCACUCGAGCAACAAGUGCAAUAUUAAAUGUUCGCGAUAUUUUUUAUUCGUAUCCAGUCGCGUUUCUCGAAUCAGUUUGGCGUACGGUUCCUGGACGGCACUGUUUAAUUCGUGAUCACGUUUCGUACCGAUUAUCAUAA